CAUACUCAUACUGAAACCGAAAGUGUUGUUGCACUCCUGAAGUAGUUCAGCUCUCACACACUCUCUCACACACACUGCCGAUCAGCCACGAGAGAGCCUGGAUCUCCUGUCUAAACUUACUCAAAACAGAGACAUGGCUUCAACGACUCUCCUGUUCUUUGUGCUGAUAUUGUCGUCUGUACGUGUUGGAAAGUCGGCUGAGAGUCUGUUUAAACUGAAAUGCCAGCCUGCAGUAGGAGUCAUCGGUCAGACCACUCACAUCUCCUGCAGUAUCGAGUUCCUCACUGAUUCUAAGCUUAUCAGCAUUAACACAGUGGUUUUAACUAGGAGUGGAGAGAAUAAACCCUGUUUCACUUUUCAACCAUAUGUGAACAAAGUGACAGGAGACUCUCGAUUUAAAGUUGAAAACGGGCCAUCGUUACAGCUUCAUAACACCGCGAUCUCAGAUGAAGGUGGAUAUUGGUAUUUCAUCAGGACCAACCUGGGUAAUGAGGAAGUAAAAUUCACCAUCAAUGUCACAGCCAAGUACAGCAACCCGCUCAUAACCACCGUGCAGAAAGAGAUAGUGAAUGGUGAACAUGCUGAUCUGUACUGUAGUGCUAGUGGUGGAUAUCCAGCAGGAACCAUCCACUGGUUUGAUCAAAGCAACACAAACUGGACAAAAAGCGCCACACUUCAAAGCACGCAGGGAAAUGACGGUCUCUUCACUCUGACCAGCAAACUGAGCUUCCAGACGUUCGACACACUCUGGGCACCUUUCAGGUGCAUCGUCCUCAACAACAAAUAUGAAGAAGAAGGCGGGACCAUGUCAACUCUGGAGAUAAAGGAUAACCCGGCGAAUUCCCCAGCUAGUGACAGCACGGUGAAGAACAUCAUUGCUCCUGUGAUAGUUAUCGGGUCUCUCAUCAUCGGGCUCCUGAUUGUUCUCUUGUUCAAGCGAAGACGCGCUCAGCAGCAAAGAAGAGCAUCGACUCUUCCCUUUCUGAACUCCAAUUCCACAGAGCACACUUAUCCUGAAGAGGGAGAAGCCCUGAAUGAACCUGUUUAUAAGAAAGCAGCUGAUGCUGAAGAGAAGAUCGCAGUGUAAUGUCAUUAAUUACUCUGUAAAUAUUUAAUCACAUGAUGGUAAUUUAACAGACACAGCCAUCAGGACAUUCUACAAAAUGGAUUCUUUCUCCAUUACUGACUCAACGAACGAGUUUGUGUUCAGUCCCAUGUGACACUGAGUGUGAUUUUAAAUGAUGUAAGAUACAAGACCAGGCAUUUAGGGGAAAGUUCCUGAUUGUGGAAAGUCCCAGGCUGGUGGGACAUUUAAAAAAAAGAAAUCAGCCAGUCUGACAAAAGAGAAAAGUGAAAGAUAAUUGUAUCUUUAAUGCAGUUAUAUGUGUAUAAUUUGUCUUUCACUCUUUUUUUAUUUUCACAAAAUUAUCUGUCAGAAUUAUCUAGCAUGUCUGAGUGUGCUGAAUUCACGAAUAACAAAUCUUUUUAUAUAACAAUACCAAUCUAGUUUCCAGGAUCUGUCAGCUAGUUAAUUCUACUCACAUUUUUUAUUAUUCUCUUGGGUAAAUAAUAAGCCAGGAUGUUAAGAGCUAGUAUCCGUGUCUCACAGCUCCAAAGGUGGAGGUUCAGUCCUGAUCCUGAGUGCCCAUGUUUUGCUGUGCAAGUGCUAAUCUUUAUUAUUGACAUUCUCUACAGGGAUUUACUUCUCCAUGGACACCAGAGGGUUUUUUUUUUAGCACCAUCUGUCAUGGUUACUUCAAAAUAAACCUCAGUUGCUCCACAAGACUCAGGUUGAAUUACAUGUGUUUAAUUAUGUGUGCAAAAUAUGAACACGUCAGCCAGUACGUUUACAUGGACAACAAUAAUCCGAUAUUAACCCGAUUAAGACGAUACUCUGAUUAAGAAACUAUCAUGUAAACAGCAAUUAUUGAUGACCUUAAUCUGGCUAAAGUCAUACAAUUAAGAUGUGUGGAGUACUCCUAUUUUAGUUGCAUUAUCCACAUGCAUUAUAGACAUGUACACACCUUAAUCACACUAUUAACGUCAUGUGGGAGUUUUCACCGCAUUUUGCGACAGGACACAUACACAAAAAUUUUCUUUCCAUUCGCCAUCAUCAAAUUCCAUUAAAACAACUCUCUCCCACCAGUCCUUACUCUCAUCCAGUACCUCCGAGUUUGUUGCAGUGGCAUGAAUGAAAUGUUGCCGAAUGAAAGUACAGAGGAGGCCUGUUGCUGGAGAAUUUGUAUCCGCCGUCGUUUAUUUGCACAUAUUGCAUGACAAAUAUUUAACUGCACUUAAAGCUUUCGUAAAGUUAAAAAUGAAAAACCCAAAACUGUAUACGGUACCAUAACGAAGACACACUGUAUGUUGAUACGUGAAAUUCUGGAGGGCACGUUGGAUUGUGGGGCGCGGUGACGUGAUGACUUGUGCCGUUAAUCGAUCUAUGUCCUAUAACAUAUAAAAUAUGAACAUGAAAGGAAUAUUCUAAAAGCGACUCAUGUAAACACCUUAAUCAGAAUAUUGUUUUAUUCAGAAUAAGGUCAAUAAUUAGAUUAUUGCUGUCCAUGUAAAUGUAGUGAGUGUGAGGGAAAUCCUCUGAGUUUAAUCAGGAACUUUCUGUUUUAAUCAGGAAUAUUCCAGAGAAAGUUAUUUAUCACUAAAAUUAUUUAACUCCUGGAGUAAAAAUAUCCAUUUUUAAGAUUUUAUAUUUUGGGGAAAAUUCUUUCAGUAAUAGCGGUCUAAAUAUGUGCUCCUUUUAAAGGAAUUUUAAAGCAAAAAAUCUGAAAAAAAAUCCUUUUUGUAUAUAAAGACACUGCAUUGAAAAAUAUGCAUGUUAUACUUAUUUCUGAGUGACUUUUAAGUCUUUUUUGCACUUUAAUAAUAUUUAACAGACUUUAUUAUGUAGCAAGGCCUAAUCACAUUAAGCAUCUACAUGAUCAGGUGUGUAUUUUACUGGCUGUCAUUAUUACUUACAGAUUUUUUGUGUGAGUUAUUUUGUGUAUUGAUCAUUCUGUUUUCUUGAAUGUAAAUAGAAAAUAUUAAUAAAUAAUUACCGAACAGAAUUGAGUUGGAGAUUUG